UUUAUGACCUCACUGCAUGCAAAAUAUGACACCAGCAGGGAAUGAGAGAGAGAUGUAGCUCACUGACAGGCACAGACCUUUCUAACAACAGGUGGAGGACACAGGUAAGGUAAGUUAGACAGUGACAUGUGGUCAUUUGUAGUUUUAUAUUGUGUCAUUUGAAGAAAGCUUAGAAAUAUUGCUGAGGCUGUGUUAGAGUGCCCUUUACACUUUAGAGUAAAUUAAUUUUCUCAAACAUAUUUAAAACUGUGUAUCUCUUGUAAACAUUUCCCUUUUUGCACGUUUUGUACAAGCUAGCUAGAUUGUACAAGCUAGUAGAUUCACUACCAACGCUCACACACUCGAAGAUGGACAUGACAGAUGAUAACCACAUAGAGGGGAUGGAGAUGGAGACAGAGAACUGGCAAACUAUGGAUAAUGACUUUACUGUCAGACUAUCAGAUGAGACACACCAACAUCUGACAUUCAGUGAAGUCCGUUCCAGCAGCUGCAAGAUGGUCAAAGUGAGAUCCAGACCCAGACUUGAGUCCACAAAAAGUUUCCCCCCUUACAGUCAGUGUAUAGGUGGACUCGGUGAGGACAAUGAGCUCAAUUCAGAAUCAAGCAACGUGAUGAGGGAAGACAAGAAUGAUGUCGUUCAAGGCACGGAAAGAAAAGAGGACUUUGAAUUGAAUGCAAGAUGUGCAAGGGAUAUGGUGAAGGCAAAAUGGAGGAUGAGGAGGAAGGAGAGGCUAGGUGGGAGCUAUGAAGUUGAUGCAGAUGGAUGGGAGAGGGCAAGGUGGAGCGGAAAAAGAAGGGUAGAAGAGACUGCAAGAGAGAGCGAGCCUGAGGAUGAGGAAAGGGAAGGGGCCUUAAACAGUGAGUGGAAACACUGGAGAGGUAAACACUCUAGUUUUGAGAUAGAAAGAAAAGAAGAAGAGGAUGAAGAGAGGAGGACAUCCCCCUUUUCAACAGCAGAAGGAGAGAGCGAGGGGAGCGGGAAGACCCCAGAGGGGAACGAUGAAGAGGCCGAGGGCUCCACAACACAUCAAUGGCCAUCCCCACAUCCAAUCCUCUCCAAGCUUUUGCACUCCUCCACCUCCUCCUGCUCCUCCAUCAACUUCUCAUCAGCAGAGAGCGAUGAGGUUUUCAGCGAAGGAGAGGAUGUUGACUCAAAGAGGAGAUCGUUCAGGAAGAGCCGCUCCUGGAAAACCUACCUGACCAUGAUGCACUGGUCGCUGCGGCGGCAGAGCUCCUGGGUCCAGCUCGCUGGACAUCAAGGUAACUUCCAGCUGAGUGAGGGAGGGGAGGUGUUGAAACUGUACAGUGAAGAGGAGGCAAAGUGCUUGGACAGCCUGAUGACAGACCUGCUGAGACCUUUUGUCCCGCAGUACCACGGCUUGGUCACCAGGGGGGAGCACUGCUACAUCCGCCUGGAGGACCUACUGAGCGGCCUGAGGAGACCUGUCAUCAUGGACUGCAAGAUGGGAGUCAGGACAUACCAGGAAGAGGAACUGAUCACAGCCCGGACUAAGUCCACCCUGCGGAGUGACAUGUACCAAAAGAUGAUGAAAAUAGACCCAACCGCUCUGUCGGCAGAGGAACACGCACAGAAAGGGGUGACCAAGUGUCGAUAUCUUCAGUGGAGGGAUACAACCAGUUCUACGUCCAUGCUGGGCUUCAGGAUAGAGGGCAUCAUGAUGGAGGACGGCAGUGUCCAACGGGACUUCAGGAAAAUUCUGACUUUAGCUCAGGUCACGGAGGCAUUGCUCUACUUCACCAGGAGUCAGCUGGACAUCCUGAAAGCAUACCACUCCAGACUCCUGGCCCUGAGUGAUGCACUGAAGAAUUCACUAUUUUUCAGAACCCAUGAGGUGAUUGGCAGCUCGCUUCUCUUUGUCCACGACCACAGCAGCAAGGCCAACGUGUGGAUGAUAGACUUUGGGAAGACGACCCCGGUGCCUGCCACGAGCGAGCUCCGGCAUAACAUCCCGUGGGCCGAGGGGAGCAGAGAGGACGGCUACCUCAUCGGUCUGACCUCACUCAUCACUUCUCUGAGCCAGGCCAUCAGUGUGGCCUCCUGGCAGCAGGAGGACAGCUGUGGAGAAGAAAAUAGUGUUGCAUGAAGUACACUGAGUGUUGUGCUGGAGACACCCCUUAAACAACACUCAAAUUCAGGAUCAGGUGGACAAAACGACUGUUGUUACACUUGGACAGGCUGAGGAAGAGAAAUGAGGAAAUACAAUUCAGCUAAAAUUCAUAGAAAUGUGAUGUGGUCGUCUUCUACUUGUAAUCUGACAUGUGCAUACUGUAACAGUGGAGACAGUGUGUUGUUACAUAGACUUUUUCUUUUUUUCUAUUACUUUUAAAAAAAAAAAAAAAGAUUCAUAAAGGACCAAAAACAAAUUUUCCUUGGGUUGGUCUGCAAAAACUCAGAGAUCUCGCCUGUGUUGCAACACAUGCUGAAGUUAUUUGUUUACAGCAGCAAAGGAAACCCAAUGAAUCAUACACACAAACACGCACAUAUGGCUUAACAGCUCUUAUAACAGUUCUACCUGUUAUAAGUCUUAUCUUAAAACGACAAACCAUACAAAGAAACUAAAUAAUAUAUUGAUAAGAUAUAUGUUGUGAUUAGUAUUAGUAGGGAUUUUAAUUAUUUCCAUAUGACGCAGCUGAAAUGUUUGUCUUUUCCUAGUCUUAUAGGCUAUAUACAAUGAUACACCUUCACAUAGACAGUCCAAGCUAAGUGAAAUGAAUGAAUGUCUCUAUCUGCUCAUUCUUCAAAUAUACACAUCAUUAAUACUGAUGAAACCAUCCACCCCUAUAUUUUAUAUUAAAUCACUGAUAAAUUACAGACAUUUAAACUACAAACAGGGAAAAGAAAGAAAAAGAAAGCAAAUAAACAUGCUGUAUGGUACUGUAUCUGCUAUUCAAAACAUCACAAAUAAACUUAACAAACUGUAAGCCUUUAACAGCUUCAAUCUCAGUACAAACUCAUGCUGUGCAGUCAACCAUUGUUCAAACACACAGAACUUCAGUUUCCUUUCCAAAGAUACUAAACAUGUGAGGGUGAAUUUUGGGGAAGUGUAUAUAAAAGAAGACAAUAAAAGGAAACUGGAUGUUAAGGGGUUAAUGUAAACAUGUAAUGUAAUUUACAUUCAUUUGUCAUGUCAAACAGACUAGGAUGUCCAGCAGAGAUUUUCAGGAAAAGCUCAUGAAUGGACAGUAUAUUCAUACAAAAAACACUCUCAACCUCAUCCAAAUCACACAGGUGACUUUCUCUGGGACUGAUUGGACUCACCCAGUUUCCACAACCAAAGGCAAGAUGCAACAAUACAAACUGAUCUUGGUCACAAUUUACAUAUUGCUCUGGAUAGUUAAAACACAAUAUAUGCAUUUUUUUUUUUGCUUGCUUGAUAGUCCUUUUGACCAUCUAUAUUAACUAAACAGUAUGAUUUGUGUUUAAAACAAAACAAGAAACUUAUAGAAUUGUGUCUAAUCUUAUUACAACUUCCAGACAAAAUAACCCACAUGUAUUUGCGGAAAGAGACUAAGAUUUGUAUUAGUGCUAUUCUCAGUUGUGAGUUUAUUAUAUAUAAAAAAUGAAUACAUAAAAAAAGCAGUCAAAUACAACGACCUUAUAACAAAUACUACAUUUGUAAAGUUUAUAAUGUUCAGUUUUUGUUAUCUUACAGGUGUUAAAUCAAGUUCAUGGUCAUUUUAGAGACUGUACUUUGCAGUGCUGAUUUGUUUCAAACAGGUGUUUCUAAUGUUCUGUCCACCCCAUUUAUACCAAUGAGGGUAGACCAAAUAAUAGACACACCUCUCAGUAUAUUGCAGGAGGCACAAUUCAGCAGCACCACAAACUACAAAUGACCAUAAGGUUGAUUCAACGGCUCUCUAAAACAAACAAAACAAAAACAUUAUAAUCGAGUCAGGUCCACUAGGUUGAAAACUGUCCACCAGGGGGCGCUAUGUUGUUGUUCGUCGUGCUGGAGAAAUAUGAGCGGGACAGUCUGACGGACACCAGGGACUGCAGACAACAGGGAGAGGCAAUUAUUUCCAUUAUCAGCACGGGAAAUAUCAC